AAUUCUAAUCAAAGCUUGCAAAUAUUGAAAACACGAAAGCUGUUUGCUUCGAUUCGUAGUUUAUCAUUACUGAUUUUGCGGUUUCAAACAUCGUUGCUUCAUCGUGGUAGAUUAGAGAUCACAAGGGGAAUGAACGUUGCCUGAAAGUGAAUCAUGUUUUGUAAGCGCAAAUAUAGUGUACUAAUUCCUUAAAGGUUUCAUCUUGAAUACUAAAUCUUUAUUAUAUUUCGUGACAAUUCGAAACAACUUUACAGAAAUGUUAAAAAUUUGCUGGCAAGUUGCGCUAUUUAUUACGGUCAAAUAUCGCUGAUCGCUGUGAAAAUUACGAUGCUGAUAUUUCGUGCCUAUUCCCCAAGGUUGACAGCAUGAAGUCAACUUAAUAUCGUUUAUGUAGUUAUGGUAUAACAAUAUGUUUCUUAAAUCAGUGAACAACCAACAUUUCCUGGUGUUGUGCAAGCAUCACUUGGUAUAUAAAUCAUGGACCAUUUUCAUCGUAGAUAAAUUGACAAAACAGAAAAAAAGUUGGGUGAAAUAAGUAAAAUCAGUAAAUAAUCAAUUUGAGAUUAGAGACUUGGAUGUUGUGAUGUACGUCAACAAAGAAUCGAGUGUAUACAUGUUCAAAAUUACGCAGCUUUAUUUUAAAGAUUUUGGAAUGAUGUUGAAGCACCUUUGUCAAGGGUUGAUUAAUGUGUAUAAUUUAUAAUAUAUAUAUGCCCGAACUUGUCUACUUUCGUUUACCUGGAAAGUGGAAAGUAAAUCUUUUCCAAGAAAUUAAUUCAUGUAGCUUUGGCAACUACGUUGUUUAGCGAGUCAAACAUUCCCACAGUUGGAUCAGCGUUGAAAACGAUAACUAUUAAGCCUGGAUCGAGCGUCACUUAUCUUAUGCGCGGAACUACGAAUUAACAAUUAACAAUUAACAAUCGAUAAUGCGGAACCCAACUGAUUAUCUGUGCUUUUAUGCGUUCAGCGCUUGACCGAGACUUUUGAUCCAUGACCUUGAACAUUUAAACUGGCGGACUAUUCUAAAUUGGAUUACCCUAUCAUAUCAAAUAUAGACUAUAAAUUUUAUAUUUCAUAUAUCCUAUCAUGAAGUGUGAGACUCAUGAAAGCAAGUAAAGAUAGCAAUAUUCUUACGGCAUCAUCGCAUGCGGCGUGUGCUGCACCUGAUGAAUGAUGUUCUUAAAAUAUUUGGCUUGUUCCAAACUAAUCGUAAUAUCAUUAUGUUAGCAUUAUAAAGUAUGAUGUAAACUCGGAGUAAAACUAAGAAAAGGCAGCUACGAUAUGACGUCAUUUUUAAAUUUUUACAUUUUCUCUACGUUAUUACUUCCGACCUAUAAAUUUUAUAUAGUUAUUAGCCAAUCACAAUGCUUUGAAUUUCUGCAUUAUACUAACUUAGAUAAACCAGAUAGGAAGGACAUUAUUUAUGCAUACGAAUAUUUUUAGAUAACAUGUAGUUAAGUGUUUAGGGGUAAUUUUAAAGAUUGGAAUUUCAAUUUACUAGAAAAGUCCUUAGAUACAUUGAAGAUUUCAGACGUGAAGAUGGCGGAACUCACUGAGAGUAUCAAUGCUGAAUUUAACGCAAUCGAACAAGAAUGGCCAAACGUACGCGACCAAACCAAAUCAAAAAUUUCGACGAUGAAAGACUACUACAGCGCCAGAAAUCCUGCGACUGAAGUUGCGGAGAAAACAGAUCGUGAUUACAAAGAUCUUAAAGAUGAUCUCGAUAGGCACAGAGACCUUGCUAGUCGUGGGUUAAACGCCCAACGAGAAUUGAAAACUCAAGUGAAUUCAAGUGCUAACCGCGUUCAAAAAUUGAUUAAAUUUGGUAAGCCUUCAGCAUUGGCCUUUCCUGUACUGGGUGCGGUGAUCGGGGCGGCUUUAGGAGCAAAAGCACCAGGGUGGGGACAAGUUGCCGCUAUUGUCGUAGGUGGGGUAGUUGGAUUUAUCUUGUUUGCUGUGGUUGCCUUAGUGCUGUAUUUUGGUGCAAAGUUGUUCUUUGUGAGACGACGAAAUCAAUGGGAAGAGGUUGAGAGGUUAAACAAGAAGGGAAUGGAGUCGGUAAGUUUAAUCGAAAAGAAGAAAAGUUGCUUGAGUGAAAUAAGGAAUUUAUUGGACGGUAUUGAGGAAGAUAACAUGCCUACUGAAAUAAAUGCUUCGGUUGACAAAAUGGCCAAGUAUUUGGAGCAACCUUAAUAACGUAUGGACUAAAUAACAAAAGUCAGUUAGACAUUACUUUAAUGCAUCUCUUUAAUUUAAUUUAUUACAGCCAUAAAACAGGCGAUUAUUUCUCGGUAUUUGCAUGGUUUUAGUAUAGUUUAGUUUUAACAUGAAUAAUCAUGAAUGAUUAAGUAUUUUAAAAUGUCUACAACAAUAUUGUAAUUUAAUUUUCAAUGCUGACGCUUGUGAACAUACUAUGUGUAAAAUGAUAAAAAA